AUGGGUUGUAUGAGCUCAAAGCCCGUUGAUACAACGGAUAAGGAUGCUAUACAGCGGAAUGCCAGGAUAGACAAGGUCCUGAAAAAUGAUAAAAAAGUGAUGGAUAGGACCAUCAAAAUUCUCCUUCUUGGCGCCGGUGAAUCGGGAAAAUCAACUAUCAUAAAACAAAUGCGCAUCAUACACUCUGGAGGCUUCCCUGAAGAUGAACGUCGUCAAACACGUGCAGUAAUAUACUCGAAUGUUGUUAUAGCAUUCAAGGUCUUGUUAGAAAUCAUGCGCACAGAAGGCAUCGACUUUGAACAAGAAAAGACAAAGCCGUUGGCGGAUUAUGUAGAUAACCUGGAGCCUGAUGUUGGCUCUGAUGAAGCAUUCUCCGACCUCGAGGUUCGCGAUGCUAUGAGAGACAUGUGGAGCGAUGCGGGCGUCCAAAAAGCUGUCGCCAGAGGGCACGAAUUUGCUCUUCACGAUAAUCUGCAUUACUUCUUUGAUUCGCUUGACCGGAUAUUUGCCCCUGGCUGGCUCCCCGACAACCAGGAUAUGCUGCAAGCGCGCUUGAGGACCACAGGAAUUACAGAAACUCUAUUCGAACUGGGCCAAAUGAACUUCCGAAUGAUGGAUGUUGGCGGCCAACGGUCCGAGCGCAAGAAAUGGAUCCAUUGCUUUGAGGGCGUACAGUGCCUUCUUUUCAUGGUCGCUUUAUCCGGUUACGAUCAAUGUUUAGUGGAAGACCAGAAUGCUAACCAGAUGCACGAGGCGAUGAUGCUGUUCGAGUCGCUGGUUAACGGAGAGUGGUUUAAGCGUAAACCCAUCAUCCUUUUCCUGAACAAAAUUGAUCUAUUCAAGGGGAAACUGAGCGUCUCCCCGGUGUCCAAACACUUCCCGGAUUUCAAUGGUUCGAAUAUGGACUUCGACGCUGCGGCGAGAUAUUUCGCUGAUAGGUUCCGCGGCAUCAAUCGCAUUCCUGAUCGAGAAAUUUACAUUCAUUACACCAAUGCCACUGACACGACAUUGCUGAAAGCAACCAUGGAUUCUGUGCAAGACAUGAUCAUCCAAAAGAAUUUACACACUCUUAUCUUAUGAUAAUUAAUGCUGCGCCUGCAUUGGCUUCCACGAUGAUUUCCGCGAGCCUGAGUCUUUACUAUGGGCUCAGCAUUUCACGUUGCAUUUUUCGAGCGCUUUUAUCUCCCCCACGACCCUCUGAUCCCCUCAGCUUUUCCGUUCUUCGUCACAAGCCUUCUUUACUUUCUAUACAUGCAUCGAGGAAGCGACUUGGUCGACUCUUUGUUACAGUUUCGCUAUGCUAUCCUGCAUCAAAAGCUUACACUACAUGGCGCUCUCUUUUGUUCGAUUCAGCGACGAGUUUCUUACUUUCUACGCCACGGCAGAUUGAUACCAAUUUUUUCUCCCUUUCUUUUUUCGUCAGUCAUUAUGCUCGACGUUUUUCAUCGUUAUUUACCCUUCCCGUCCUUCCUGUGCUGUAAUGCUUUGUGUGGUGAAGGCUUCGCCAUUCUCUUUUCUUUCAUAAUGCCAAUCUUCAAUCUUACAAACCUUGAUCAUUUUGAUCCACGCUGGAGAGAUUUUUCAAGUCCUGUUGUCUUUGUAUGGGGAUUUCUAAUUCCCCGGAGCAUGAAGGUUACCGGUCCAGUUUUUGUAUAACGGUGCCUUUUCCGUGCUUGGGAUGCAGCUCUGUA